AUGCAUGUAAAUUUUCUCCAUCCUUACUUUGAAUCAAGGGUGGAUUGCGACGUAGUUACCUCUGACGGAUACUGUGCCAGCAAUCUUAUUAGUCUGGAUUUCAGAGAACGUUCUCGAGGGUUUUUAGCCGCUCAUUUCAUCAAGCCUCCAGCAAUCUUACUCUUCCAACUUCCUUUUCCAGUUCACGUGGAGUCCAUGGUGAUUAAACCCAAAGUGGGCUCACAGAUUUCAUCAGGCAUAGCCAUUCUGGUGGCAGGAAUUGCAAAUAAACAUUCCUCUACAAGAAAAAGAGACCAGAGAACAGCGCCCUCGUCUCUCAGUAAGAAGAAAAGCAAAAACCCUGGCAUCCUUCUGGCUGACUCUAACAAGGUAGAAUCAGGAGCCAGUGGGCUCCUGGCAGAAUAUAAACUUGUUUCACCCACACCCCCUAUGCUGAUGAGAUCCUAAGGAAGAAGUUAUCCCAUCAGCAAAAAACGACGAAGUCUUUCUUGCAGAUGCAAUACUUUUUUACACUGUUUACAAAAAAUCAAAUUAUUUACUGACACUCUCAGAACUGACUUUUGCAGCCCUCUCAGAAAAUCACAUCAAUGAAAGAGCUGGUGAGGGGGUGGGUGGGGAGGAGAUUAAAUGCAGUCAAUCCUGUAUAUAACGGCCCUGUAUAUAGUGGUCACACUGUAUAUUACGGUCACCGGACAACUUCCCAAAAUUUUCAGUUGCUUCAUAUUUUCUGCAAAGUUGACCUGUAUAUAACAGUCACCUUGCUAUUUCCCAAGAGCGACCAUUGCACAAGGGUUUGACUGUAUUAAAUGGAGUAUGAAAGAGUACAACAGAAUUUGGGCAGCACUGGUGUAGUUCUAAUUUACUAAGCCAACUCUAAAAGGAGAUGAUACAAACAUAUUAGCGUGAUUAAUUAUUGUUUGCACAACCAGUACUCGGCUGCCAGACAGCAUUUUUGUUAAGCCCUGUUUGGUUUGGGGCUCAGGGUGAGAUGACAAAAAAUGCUUGCCCUUAGGGGAAGCGCUUGGCGAAGUUCAUUGGCCCAAUGCAGUCACAGAGCUGGCCUCCCGGGUGGUGGUGGUGGGGGGAGGGGUGGGGGGUACUCUGGUGUUAAAUUGAGAGGGAUGAUCACGUAAACAUCUGCUUAAACUUUUGACUAACAUUUACUUUUUUUUGGGUAAUGUUGCUUGCUCCUUGGGCACUUAACUUGUAAUAAAAAUUGUUAACCCAGGAACUUGCUUCACUCACCAGCCCUGGGUUAAUAAACAGCACCUUUGCCCUGGGGUUGGGCAUUGGAGGGAACAAUUCUUUGUACUAUUUUCAACUGAACAUCAGAAAUUUGUCUUUUAUUAUUUCCUUUCAGGCAGAAGCUAAGAACCAAACAUCAACUGCAUCCAGCUGUUCGAGAACAGAUGCAUCCAUUUUUAACCACAGUUAUGAGAUUGAGGUGACACCCAGUACAGUGAAAAAUGACCACUCACACUUGUUUACUCAAGUUGCUUGGCUGAGUGAUGGCAAAGGCAAAACUUUCCAUCUUUAUAACACAAUGUUCCAGGAGAGAAGUCCAAUCCAGGGAUUGCAACAUGCAGGGAUGUGGGAUGUUGAGCAGAAGGAGUUUCAACGGCUUUACUGUCUGCAUAAUGUUACUCAUGUGGCAGUAAAGAUUGCAAGACUCUGUGGGUCUUCUGUGCCUGCGAUUGGAAGAGUCGAAAUAUGGGGGCAACCAUCAGCUCAUUGCAAGCCAGAAAUUUUGGAAUAUGCUUUAAGUAUUCAGGAAAAAACCUAUUCUGGAGUCAAUAUAAAGGCUGGUUGUUUCAGUGAGAAACAAGACAAAACUGGGGAGGGAGGUAAACUUAAGUCUGUGUUAGAGCAUCACAGUGAUUCAAUCCCAGAAGAAUUCAUUGAUCCAAUCACAUGUGAAAUUAUGAUAGUACCAUUGUUGUUGCCAUCUGGCCACAAUAUCGAUGCAGAAACUCUUGAAAAGCAUGUCACUGUGGAAAGGACCUGGGGAAGAUUACCAUCUGAUCCAUUUACUGGAAAAGUGUUCUCAGAAGCAUGUAAACCAGUUCCUAACAGUGCACUUAAAGUUAGAAUUGACAAAUUUUUGUUGACAUCCAGUUUACAUACACCUGGUUAUGGGAGAACUGUCGGAAGAGAUACAUGUGUCAGUUUAUCAAAAGAGAGUAAUCCAAACCGUAGCCCCUUCUUGAAAGUGACAGGCAAAGACAGAUCACCAGCAGAACCAUAUAAGAAUGUUGAUCUCAUUGAAGGAAAGGAGGUUAAAAAUGGACAAGAACUACGCACAGAAAAGUUUCCUAAGAACAACUUAAUUUGUGGUCUACAUACAUUAGAAAAUGAAGGUAUGUAUAUGCAGUAAUACAUGUCAAUAAGUCUGUACCGUCCUUUGUGGCUGACAGGCAGGCAGUAUGACUUUAGUUUUCAGGAACUAAUGGGUGUUGUUAAUGAGGUACAUGUGAGGGGCAAUUGAACAAAAUUCAGGUUGCGCAGUUUGUAUUGUAGUCCGCCUAUGCAGUAAGAUCCGUGGAGUUCUUAUUCACACAGUUGGCGCAUUGGCAAAACCAUUUGGCCAAAAUUGGAUUCUUCAUUGGGCUCACUCCCUUGUUUCUCGCAUAUUUCAGCUUUUCCACUUGCUCCUCACUUGUGUGUUACAUUUGCUUCCUCAGUAACUUUGCACUAUAGCAACAGUUGUAUGGAUGUUGGUAGUUCCGUUAAUGACCUUUUUGGUCAGGUUUUUAAACAAAGUUUUCAUAAGUGGCUGCAAAUGGUAGAAUGGGCAGCAGUGACCAGAAAUAAGGUCUAAGGCAUCCAUUUUCUAAAAUUUUAACGUACGGCAGUAAGAUGCCAUAUACAUGUAGGCGGUGGUAGACACAGGUAGUCAGCCAGGUUUUAUUGAAACUACUGCCUUGUGGCAUUCUCAUUAAAUAGCUGGGUUAUAUUUUGAAACAACAAACACUUAUGCUGUUUACUUUGUUUGUGCUUCUUUGAAUGAAGCUCAAACAGGCUCACUGGCUCUCUGGUACCAGCCAGCAAGAAGCAUUUGCUUGUGGCAAGACCAGCACAAAUGUUAGGGCCAAAAUAAUGUCAGGUUUGACCUUUUUUAGAGGCACUUGUUGAACUUGGCCAUGAAGAAGCAGUGUCUAGGAGUCUCGAUUCAGCAGUUCAUCAGAUGCUCCAAGGAUUGCAAGUGUUCACCAGGAAAAAGAAAGAUGAUCAUGAUAAACCGGCGCUCACACAAGCCUCCAUCACACAACCAAGUACUGGUUAG